AUGGCUCGUGCUGCAACGACUACUUCAGCUACUUCACAAACGGCCUCCACCACUGGCGUGUGUCCGACACUAAGCGCCCGCGUCGUCGAGGCCCACGCCCUGGGGGACACCAAGCUGUUUGAGGUCAAAGUGACGUGCAAAGGCAAGAGCACGUCGGUCUACAAGAGCAAAGACGACUUUAAGAGCGUGCUCGACAUGUUCCGCCUCGUGGGCGCCAUGAGUCGCGGCAAGAGCGACCGCUGCCCCGUCUGCGUCGCCGGCAGCGCCAGGAGCCUCCCCCUCCGCGUCGGUACCCAAGUGGCGCUCGACACGUUCCUCCGUGACGUGCUGGCCAGACUCCGCCACGUGCCCGUGGCCGCCAUUGCCCACUGCAGCACGCACCGCGGCGUCGUGCAGAUCCUCAUGCAGUUCCUCAAUGUGCGCCACGGUCUGUACUUUUGCGAGUGGACGCCCGAGAUGGAGGCACAACUGGCGCUCGUAGCGGCCACGCACGACGUCGUGCCGGACGACGUGGACGUGGAUCGCCAUCCCGUGUCGCGCUGUUCGCUCAACCGGACGCUCUCGGAGCAGUUUGCUGCCAUGGAUUCCCAAGUAGAUGGUCAGGUCGAAAAAUGGCUGUGUCAUGAUCAGAACGACCAUGGCACGAUCCCUAGCUAUGGGCAAAAGUAUUGGUGUGCGUACGCAGAAAGCAAGUAUAUUCCAAGUUACGGUGACGGUUCGCCAUCGGUCGUGCUGUGCCGAAGUCAGCACGGCUCCUGA